UCUUCAUUCUCUCCUACAGAGCAGAACUCAAAUACGGUGUGAUAUGCUAGCUGGUCAUGAAUCUAUAGGAAUAUCAGUGCAUUCCAAAGCCACGGAGGUUUGAUGUCGCAACAGCUGGAAAUGCAUGUUACGACAACUUGAAAUUGAAGAAGAAUGAUGCGUUCAGGUUUGUCUUUGAGGGUGAUGAUACUGGCAUCUCUCACCGUUCCCAUCAUAGUUCAAAGUCCUGAAAUCUUCACCUUGUCGGUCCCACACGGUCCAAUCUUCACCUGGUUGAACUCCUCCGUUUCUUUAUCUUGUGAACUUUCACCUCUCUUCAAUGCGGAGCCAUUGGAGGUGCGCUGGUAUAGGGCCAAAGACUUUGACUCAACUGCCUUGUUGUACAAAGAUCACAAGAUCCAGGAGGCCCCUGUGGACCCCCGGUACAGGGGCAGGGUGUCUCUAACUGGGGGGCUGGAGAGAGGGAACGUGUCCCUGACACUGGAGAGGGUCACACUGGAAGACAGGGGGGAGUAUGUGUGCUAUGUUAGCAGUGAAAGGUGGUAUGAAAAGGCCAUUGUACUCCUCACAGUGAAUGUAACAGGUAGUGAACCAGUUCUCUCUGUAGCUGAAGCAAGAGGAGGAGGUCAGGUGAACGUUACCUGUUCAUCAGAGGGCUGGUCACCACAACCUACACUCACCUGGAGAAACAAAGAGGGUACAGAGAUCAGAAAUGAACAAGUACUCAACACCACUGAUCCUCAGGGCUUGGUGAGUGUCAGUAGCUGGCUGCUGUAUUCUCCCUCAGACUCAGAUUGGCUCUCCUGUACAGUCUCUCUGUCUGGGGAGAAGAGAGAGAGCAGAAUCAUGCCAAGAGCUCCAAUGGAAGGACAUUGGAGCCUUGGUGCCUUCAUGACAUUACUGUUCGUCAAUCUACUAGUAAUCUGUACUCUAAUUGGACUCUUCACCUGGAACAAAAAAACAGGGUUUAUCAGGUUGUCAACAUCAGAGAAAAAUGACAAUGCAGAGGGUGAAACAGAGCCUAAUGAGAGGCCAGCAGAAGAGGCAAAUCUUCUUGAAGAAGGUGUAAAGAAAACUUAUAGGGAAAAAGCAACACAGACAGAAUUCUUCCUGAAAGAAAGUGCUACGCAAACUGCACUGAGAGAAUCAUUCCCAAAAGUGGACAUCACUUUGGACCCACUGACUGCUCACUCUUCACAGGCGGUGUCUUGCAGAAAAAAAGAUGGUUCAUUGUGAAAAAGGAGAUCAUGCUUCCAAAGCUCAUUUUGUCCUUAGUGAGAACACAUUCAGCUCAGGACAGAUAUACUGGGAAGUGGUGGUGGAUUCAAAGUGUAAACAGACAUGGUAUGUCGGGGUAACCACCGCCGACGCAGSCCAGAUUAAUAAGGCUAUUGUUCCCUUAAACCCCGGGAAUGGUUUCUGGGUUCUUCGCUAUAAAAAAGGAAAAGGUUAUUGUGUCUCUACAGACCCUCCAACUCCAUUAUCUGGAAAUGAACACCUUGAAACACUGGGAGUGUUGUUAGAUUGUGACAGACAGAUUCUUUCCUUUUAUGAUGCUGAUUCGGAAGUACGUCUGUACAGUUUUGCUGACGUGUCAUCUGACUCUAACACGUUCUUUGCUGUGUUUAGCCCUGGAUUCGACCAAGUUCCCUUAGCAAUUAAAUGAUUGUAGAUGACAAAGGUGCAAACUUCCCAUAAUAAUAAUCAUGUUAGAUAUUACUGAACAAAAAAUUGUCAGUUUAAUCAAAUCCAAUUUUAUUUGUCACAUGCGUCGAAUGCAACAGGUGUAGACUAUACCAUGACAUUUUUACUCAUGAGCCCUUUGCCAACAAAGCAGAGUUAAAAAGAAAACAAUUAGCAAAAAAAUUAAAAAUAUUUACACAGUAAAACAACAAUAAUGAGGCUAUAUACAAUGAGUACCGGUACCGAGUC